AGGGCGUGGACGGCCAAAUCCGCGCCAUCUGUAAUCUUCUCGGCAUCCAGUCCGAACUCGUAACUCCUGAUCAGCAGUAUGCCGCUGGCUUCGCUGAGAGGUACAAAAACCAGGACGCUUCAUCUAGUAUCAAGCGACGUCGCGAAGACACCGACGGUGAGGCCUCUCUCGUCCCCGCCGGACCCGGAGGCGGAGUUGUCAACGCUUUGCUUGCAGGGCAAGACGAUGAAGAAAAUGAGUGGGAAAAGUGGGACGCUGAUCAGGCCGACCUCGCUGAUGAAUUCCUCGACUCUGAUGACGCUGACGAAGGUGACGAGGAACACCGGGAUGAGGCUGACCUUGCCGAGAGUGAAGCUGGUGGCGAC